AUUAACACAAGGUCCCAGCUUUAAUUCUUCACUCUUCGAUUCAAUUUUAAGUUAGAAAUUUAAGUGAAACAUUUUCUGUAAUAAUAAUAAUAAUAAUAACAAUAACAAUAACAAUAACAAUAACAAUAACAAUAAUAAAUUUUAUAAAUAUAAUAUCUAUUUUUUUAAGUCAUUAAAUUGUUUAUUACCGCAUACAACUAGAUGUGCUGUGAUUAUUUUUCUUUUUUUUAUGUGUACUUUAUUCUAAACUUCCCAAAUGCACUAUUUAGGGUCCCUAAGUAGUGCACACUAAGUGUAAAAUUAUGCAUUUGGGAUUCAGCCGAAUAUUUUCCUCAAAGGCGAUAAACAGGAAGUUAUUUCAGUAACCAAGCACCUUUGUUUUGGAGUAUUGCGUUUCCUUUACAGGAAGACUUCGGCAAUGUGAUCAGCAGCACGAGGUCUUGAGUCUGGUCGUGCAGAGAUGACUGACAAGAUGUAUUCAGCCCUAGCUGGCGCAGGAACGGUUGGGAGGUGUGUCAAGCAGAGGUACCGCAGCAACACACACUCACAAGGGCUGAUGGAUGGGCUCCUGGCUCUGCGUGAAGGAGGAAUACUGUUUGAUGUGGUGCUGAUUGUGGAAGGGAAACCUGUUAACGCUCACCGCAUCCUCCUGGCUGCUUCCUGUGACUACUUCAGAGGCAUGUUUGCUGGAGGUUUGCGGGAGAUGCAGCAGACUGAGAUCCCCAUUCUUGGAGUCACAUACACUGCCAUGAACAAACUGUUAGACUUCAUCUACACAUCUGAGCUUGAGCUGGAUCUGGACACGGUGCAGGAGGUGCUGUGUGCUGCCACACUCCUGCAGGUUCAGGAUGUGAUUGGCUUCUGCUGUGAGUUUCUCUUCUCCUGGAUGGACAACGAUAACAUCCUGGAGGUGGAGAAGCUUGCUGAUGCCUACGGGCUGGAGCAGCUCGGCGAAAAGGUGCGUUCGUACCUCCUGAAGAACAUCCAGACCUUCUCACGCACACCUGUAUACCGCCAACUGCCACCUGAGAAGGUGCUGCAUGUGCUGUCAAGUGAUGAGCUGGAGGUGAGCUCGGAGAGCGAGGUGUUCGAGGCAGCACUGCACUAUUACUACAGUCCUGAGCAGGUAGAGAAGGACCAAGCACCCCUGCAGGAGCCUCUGCACAUGAUGGAAGCUGUGCGUUUCUGUCUCAUGGAGCAGGCCGCCCUAGAGCGCCUUUACGGCCGUCUGGAGUCGAGCUACUUGCGAAACAUUAUCUCCUUUGCCCUUCGCUACCACAAUAACAAACUUUGGCAGCCAGUCAUGCAGAGCCCACUGAGCCAGCCACGCUCCAACUGCCACUGCAUUCUGGGGUUUGGAGGCAUGUUCUCGACUGGCGUGCUAGCCGACAUCGGCGAACGCUUCCAGGUGUUCCGCCCAUCCUGGGACGAGUGGCGCAACCUCGGGGCAGAGGGUGCACCCCGAAUGUCCAACAUGGGCAUCGCACUGCUGAAUAACUUUGUUUACCUGGUAGGCGGAGACAAUAACACGAGUGGGUUCAGAGCUGAGUCACGGUGCUGGAGAUACGAUCCUCGACACAACACCUGGUGUGAUAUUGAGCCUCUUCGGCAGCAGCAUGCUGACCAUUGUGUGUGUGUGGUGGAUGACUUCAUCUAUGCCAUUGGAGGUCGUGACUACAGCAGUGAAUUGGACUGUGUGGAGCGCUAUAAUCCCCAAACAAACACCUGGGAAUAUGUGGCUCCACUCAAACGCGAGGUGUACGCCCAUGCUGGCGCAGUGGUUGAUGGGAAGAUCUACAUCGCAUGUGGCCGGCGAGGGAUGGCCUACCUGAAGGAGACCUACUGUUACGACCCUCGUGCCAACCAGUGGAGCGCAUGUUCUGAGGGCCCAGUGGAGCGAGCUUGGCACGGGAUGGCGGUGUCCGGAGGCCGUGCUUACGUCAUCGGUGGAAGCAAUGACGGCUGCGGCUACAGACGAGAUGUGCUGAAGGUGGCGUGCUAUAACCCAGCUGAAGAUUCCUGGUCUGUGGUGUCUCCUCUCCCGGCGGGUCACGGCGAGCCUGGCAUGGCCGUGUUAGACGGGCGGAUCUACGUUCUGGGCGGGAGGUCACAUGACAAAGGAAGCCGCAUGAAGUAUGUGCAUAUCUACGAUCCUGAGAAUGACUGCUGGGAGAGCGGCGUGUCUCUGGACACCCGAGUGUCGGGCCUGUCUGCUUGCGUGGCUCUGAUGCCUAGAAGCACACUCGAGCAGGCUCGCGGCAGCACACGCCAAGCCAAAGCGUCAUGGGAGGAAGUGGACUGGGGCGAUUCGGACCACUCGAGCGAGGACGGUUGAGGCAGGUUUUCGAGUCAGUAAUCACACGGCGUCAGUAACCGUAUGCGUCUCGGUGGGAUGUGUAGCCUCCUUUAACAAAGUACACUUUUAAGUGCGCCUAAUGCGGCAAAUGUAAUACAUCAUAUCACAAUACUUACAGACAACCAGUACACCAUAUUUAGGUUUGCUAACCUAUUUCAGUAGAUACGAUUUCAUGUAAAAGGAUUUUUUAACAUCUGAUUUUUAGCAACGAACAGAGAAGGCGAAGCGCAUGACGAUGUCUUACGCUACCGAGAUUAAUCCAUCCCGUACCUCAGUGCUGGGAAUUUUUUAUUCUUAUUAAUCAGAAGGUGUUGAGUAACUUUCUAUUAUAACAGCAGCUCUGAGCGUAACUCUGAACGGGUUUAUAUUAAUACGCUUGUUACAUCAAGGAUGUUAUCUGUUUUAACAGCUGACACAACACGGACACUCCGUCUUUAGCAUGACAUCAUGAAGUUUUCUGUUUAAUUAUUUAUUGUUAUUUACUUUUUUGGGGUUUUUUUUUUUUUUUUGGGAGGCAUCUCACCGAUUGUGAACAGUCUUCCGUUAAGAAAAGGACUUUCUUGGUUUCUCUGUAACACGACAAGCUCUGUUUUUCUUCCAGUUCACUUCAGAAGAUAAAAAUGGAGGCUCCUUAUUUAAACGCCGGCUGCAUGCUAAACUGCAUGCCGCUUCUGAUAUGAUCCUGUACUAUUUUAUUUCCUGAUUCUCUUACAUUAAUGAUGUUUAAGGAUGGGACAAUUUAUUUCUUUUCUGUUCUGUGUUCAUCUACACUAAGUUCAUCCGAAUGUUUUAACGCUGUUACGAUGAAGCUGCUGUCUAUGCGCUUUGUUUUUGCACUGACCGUGCCUUCUGCUUCUUCACUGAAAUCUUCACUUCUAGUUUUUACUCUGAGGGUUUCACAGAUAAAUUAUCUACAAAAAAAAAACGAAACUAAAAUAUUACGUACAUUUUUAACCGAUCUCUUAACAUUUCUGCCUCUCUUUAAGGAAUUGCAGCGAGUCACCGAUCUUGGAGACAGAGUUUAUCUGGGUAAAGAGUUUCCUUUGGCUCCUAAGAAUGAAAAAGGAACUAACUAUGCAUGUACAAAAAGGUUAUAAACUAUGGGUUUAGACCGAGAGACUGUAGAAGGUGGAGCUUUUCUGGUUGCAAAUAAAAUAAAAUACUUCUA